AUGAACCAAAACGAUAUCGCUUGGGUCAUGGCUUUCCUCUGUGAAUCUUGUUUCUCUUUCAUGUGGCUGCUUGUUACCAACGUAACAUGGAGUCCUGCUGAACAUAAACCUUAUCCAGAUAGACUUGAUGAAAGGGUUCAUGACCUUCCUUCCUUAGAUAUGUUUGUAUCCACGGCGGAUCCGGUCAGGGAGCCACCGAUUAUUGUUGUGAACACCGUGCUUUCGCUGUUAGCUGUCAACUAUCCGCCGAAUAAACUAGCUUGCUAUGUGUCGGACGAUGGAUGCUCACCUCUCACUUACUUCUCUCUCAAGGAAGCUUUCAAGUUCGCCAAAAUUUGGGUUCCUUUCUGCAAGAAAUACAACGUUGGAGUUAGAGCUCCAUUUAAAUAUUUCUUGAGCCCUGUAGUCUCAUCAGAGGAUUCUGAAUUCAGUAACGAUUGGAACAUGAUGAAGAGGGAGUACGAGAAUUUAAGCCAGAAAGUGGAAGAUGCCACCGGAGAUUCCCAUUGGUUUGAUGCAGACGAUGAUUUUGAAGCUUUCUCAAACACAAAACCAACCGAUCAUUCAACUAUUGUUAAGGUGAUAUGGGAGAACAAGGGUGGUGUAGGAAACGAGCAAGAGGUCCCUCCUUUUGUAUACAUUUCAAGAGAGAAGCAACCAAGUUAUGUUCACCAUUAUAAAGCCGGCGCCAUGAACUUUCUGGUAAGAGUGUCGGGGUUGAUGACAAAUGCGCCGUACAUGCUGGAUGUCGACUGUGACAUGUAUGCAACUGAUGCAGAUGCGGUGCGAAAAGCAAUGUGCAUAUUUUUGGAGGAAUCAAUGAACCCAAAUCAUUGUGCUUUUGUUCAAUAUGUGUGUGACUCUAAGGCUGAAGGAUUUAACCUCUUGCAAUCGUUUUUGGAACGAGGAGUUGCGGGAAUCCAGGGAUCGGUUUAUACAGGGUCCGGAUGCUUCCACACCAGAAGAGUUAUGUACGGCUUAUAUCCGGACGAUGUAGAAGACAAUGGAAGUCUUUCUUCAGUUGCUACAAGGAAACUUUCCGCAGAGAAGACUUUAGCGGAAAUGUUUGGAAUUUCCAAAGAGUUAGUGAAAUCGGCGGCCAGAGCAUUGCAAAGAAAAGCAAAUCCUCAAAACAACUUUACAAACUCCAUAGAAGCGGCCACAGAAGUUGGAAAUAUUCAUUAUGAAUAUCAAACUAGUUGGGGCAAAACGAUCGGUUGGUUAUACGAUUCAAUUUUAGAGGAUGUGAACACGUGUAUCGCAAUACAUUCGAGAGGAUGGACUAGCUCACUCAUAUCUUCGGAUCCACCAUCGUUUAAAGGUUGUAUGCCGCCUAUAGGACCGGAGGCGAUGCUCCAGAAGCAGCGAUUUUCGACGGGCGCGCUCGAAAUCUUCUUCAACAAACAAAGUCCAUUGAUUGGAAUGUUUCAACAAAAAAUAAGAUUACGACAGUGGCUUGUUUAUCUCUCCAUUACCAUGUCGAGUUUAGGUUCACUACCUAUGCUCUUUUAUUGUCUCUUGCCCGCUUAUUGCUUACUCCACGACUCUACCUUAUUUCCCAAGGGACUUUGGUUAGGUAUAAAUCUCACAUUUGUGGGGAUGCAUUGUAUUUACACUCUAUGGAAAUUUAUGCGGCCUGGUUUGUCCGUGGAUUUUUGGUAUCCCAGCUUUUGUGGUUCGUUAUUUAGCAUCUUUGAUAUCACACUCAAGCUUCUUGGAAUCUCAAAAACCGUGUUUGUAGUCACCAAAAAGACCGUGCCUGCUACUAAGUUAGGAUCCAAAGACGGACCACCUCAACGGGGAGAUGAUAGUCAAGUCGAUGACACGCUUUAUUUACUGCCCGCCACAUUUAUUUUGUUGGUCAAUGUAGCCGCUCUAGCGGAUUAUUUGGUGGGCCAACAACUAUGGAGUCAUAGUGACCAAAGAGGUGGUUCGGGUUUGGCAGAAGCUUCUGGAUGUACUUUUGUGGCUAUGUUGUUCCUACCAGUUCUCAAGGGACGCGUGCUAGCCGCUCCUAAAGCACGUGACCGCCGCUUUAAGCCUCUCUCUCUCUCUCUCUCUCUCUCUCUCUCUCUGCUUCACUCGAUGGCUCCUUCUGCGCAGUCGCCUCUUCUUACAAGUGAAGGAGAUGAAAAAUACGCGAAUGUGAAAUGGGAAGAGCUUGGAUUCGCUCUGACUCCGACAGAUUAUAUGUAUGUGGCGAAAUGCAAACAAGGAGAGAGUUUUUCACAAGGGAAGGUUGUUCCUUAUGGUGACAUUUCAGUUAGUCCUUGCUCUCCGAUUCUCAACUAUGGCCAGGGACUAUUUGAAGGACUCAAAGCUUACAGGACAGAAGAUAACAGGAUUAGGGUUUUCCGGCCUGAGCAGAACGCUCUUCGUAUGCAAAACGGUGCGGAUAGGCUUUGUAUGACACCUCCUUCCGUGGAGCAAUUCGUGGAAGCUGUUAAGCAAACUGUGCUUGCCAACAAGAAAUGGAUUCCUCCACCGGGUAAAGGAGCUUUGUAUAUAAGGCCUCUGCUAAUUGGGAGUGGUGCUGUCCUUGGAGUCGCUCCAGCACCUGAAUUCACAUUCCUUAUUUACACAUCUCCUGUUGGUAAUUACCAUAAGGUAAGCUCAGGCUUGAACCUCAAAGUUGAUGAUAAGUAUCAUCGAGCCCACUCAGGUGGAACGGGUGGUGUCAAGAGCUGCACAAACUAUUCUCCAGUUGUGAAAUCAUUGCUGGAAGCAAAGUCAUUGGGUUUCUCUGAUGUCUUGUUCUUGGAUUCGGCAACUGGUAGAAACAUCGAGGAGGUUUCUACUUGUAACAUCUUCAUUCUCAAGGGAAACAUUGUGUCCACUCCACCAACUUCAGGAACCAUUUUGCCUGGAAUCACAAGGAAAAGCAUAAUCGAGCUAGCUCGUGAUCUCGGCUACCAGGUUCAAGAAUGUGAUGUUUCUGUGGAGGAGCUUCUGGAAGCAGAGGAGGUUUUCUGCACGGGAACAGCAGUGGUCGUUAAAGCUGUCGAAACUGUGACCUUCCAUGACAACAAAGUGAAAUACAGGACAGGAGAAGAAGCAUUGUCUACUAAGCUUUACUCAAUGUUGACAAGUAUUCAGAUAGGUCUUGUUGAAGAUACCAAAGGUUGGAUGGUGGAGAUUGAUCGUUAA